UACUUAGUUAUUGGGUUUGGUAGUAAUGGUAGAAAAUUUUAUAUUUAGCAUUUUUAUGAUUUACCAAAACGAACAAUCCAUAAACUUUGAAACUUAAUUUUAAUAUUUUUACAGUUUAUAUGAAUAAUAAUUAUCUCGUAUUUAGAAAAUAAUCCAUCAAUACUGAGUAAAAGUUGUACUUGAAUGUUUGGGACUGGUAAUACUUAAAUGCAAGAUGGUGGUUUGUUCACUUAAAUAGUUGUGUCGUUGAUUUUCAUAAUAAACCUGUUUGUUUGUUGAAAAAUGGUGAAUUCAUGUUGUGUGUCAGGGUGCAAAAAUGAGUCUUAUCCUGGUAGCAGAUUUUCUUUCCACAAAUUUCCGAAGAAUGAAAAUCUGAAAUUGAAGUGGGGAAAUGCAGUGCCUGGAAAAAUCUCAAAAUCGUCUGUUAUUUGCAGUGAGCAUUUUAAACGUGACGACUUUAUUCCUGGUUAUAUUAGGAAAAUGCUGAAACCUGAUGCUGUUCCGUCAAUAUUUCCUAAGUUUCCCAAAAGAUCCACACCUAAAGGCCGUAUGGAUAUCCCUGACUGGCAGAAAGAAUUGGUCCCCGUCAAACAACAGCAGGAUUUGUUCAGCACACUUCAAAGACGAGCAGUUUUGCACCACAUCCAAGAGACGGAACCUACUCAAAUCGGCUAUCCCAUCCGUUAAUAUAUGGAGGCUAUUCAGU